AUGGAACCCCAAUCGUUUGACCUGCUUCAAUGGGAAGAGCUCUGCGCAAUCCCCCGGGCUCCCGGCUUCAUUGCCAUGAACUGGACUGAGGUCAAGCUCCACCGUUCGACCCGCGGCCGACUGAGGAAGGCAAACCCGGCUCGCCAGCGUCAGCGCGAGUACUUUGCCAACGCCCGCGCUCGUGCCGCCGAGGUCAAGAACUCUUCUGCCCAGGGCGUCGGGGCGCCAGGGCCUGUUGGCACUCAACCCGAGUAUGAUGACCAAGCUCUGGAGCGGAUGAGGCAAAAGCCGCUUGCGAAAAAGGACUGGGGAGUUUCCCGGCGUUCAAUCUUGGGUCCCGCCAAGAAUCGUCCUAACCAGGUGUCGGAUAACCGGGCAUCGGGUAACAAGACCUCGGGCGAGGCCGUCCAAGACGUCCAGAAACGGCGAGCCACAUUGCACGAGUCAGAAUUGGAAGCCAGGAAGGGAGACCUGAAGCGCCUCCGAGAGGCAAUUCAACCGACUAACAGGAUGCAAGACAACCCCGAUUUCGACGCAGUGUUUCGUGAGCGGCUACCGCUUAGCAGCCUGCCUCUUUCUUCAAGCCAAAUUGCCGGAGAGAAUCCAAGACGAGAAGAGCGGCUGAUAUCGGGUCGAAUGGAGCCUCCGAUCAACAGCGUCGAGGCUGUCGAAGGAAGCCAAGAAUCCGUCGAGUGCCUAAGAGUCAGCCCUGGUGUCAGUGAGAUCUCUCGAGAAGUCCGAGAACGAUCACAGUCACAGCCCCGUUUGACAGAUGCAGCGUUGAACCGCUUUACAGACCCGAAGCCUUCUGGAUUAGAGGGCCUAGGCCAGGCAUUCGGCUCAAUCAGCUCCUCGCUAAUCCUCAGUCGCUUCGAGGAUCUCAUGUCCAGGAUACAUAGACGCCACGAGCAGACCAGAACCCAAAAGGAGGCGCCCCCCUUGGAUUCCCAGAUGCACGUGCCUGACGAUGAUCCCGCCCCUCACCAGCAAGACGGAAAUAUGCAGACAAAUGUCUCUCGUCAAACUCCACCCACGGCUGCAGAGCAGAUUGCUGCACCAUCGUGCAAAAGUGAUCCGGAUCAAGCGUGGAAAUCAUUCCUAUUUGGCGGUGAAAGCACUGACGGUGUCGAAGAGGCAGCAUUUGAUGAGGCAAAGCGUGAUGUAGCACGAGAUCUUCAACCGUCGACCUACUCGUCCUGCAUUGGCGAUAAACCCUUAUCAGACUGGGACAGCAACAUUGCAGCCGCAGGAACAGUACACACCAAUGGAGAUGAGUCAUCCGGGUUUGCCAACGACGUCCUGUCAAGUGCCGGAGCUUCUGCAAGCCGCAAAGCCACGUUGAGACCCUCCUCGACAGGGGUGAUGUCAGAUCCAACGUCGGCGGGCCAAGACGUAGCCACCCGGAAUCACAGCGACGACCGCACGGGAGGCAGCAUGUCAGACACGCUAGCGCACCCAGCGAUGUCGACGACAUCGCUGGCCGUUGAGCCUGCGCGGUCUAAGGUGGGGGUCAACGAUCGAUUUGUUCCGCCCAAGCUUUCCGUUGGCAGCCGGUCUAGCUUGAAACGUCUGAAUGAGGCUCCGAUGCCAGUCAGCACCGUAGGGAAUAGAAGGGCUCGACGGAAGAUCCGUGCCCGCGAUGGCCAGGCAAAUAUCCGGGCUCUCCCCAGCUACAACUCGGACCCCAUCGAGGAUAUUAAAGAUGUGGGCGAGACGCGCCCAUCGCUCUUCGGGUCCCUUGAUCUGGCCUGAAAUGGUGCUGUUUUCGGCACGCUUGAAGCCUCGGUUAACGUUGAAGUUGUUAGCUUAGUAUCUAACCUUGUCGGAGGCUGCUGAUUGUUCCUUGCUAACAAGAUAUCCUGACGCCCUGUAAACAACCGGCCCUUGGCAAAGGAGGGCGUUUGAACAAACGAUGUAGCGGUCAAGUCAUGUCACACGCUAGCCAGCCAGUCAAGAGUCGAGAGUAGAGUAAUGGUAAAUGGUAAACUCGAAGUUUGGAGUUCAACUAUCUAGCUAUCUAGGUAGCUAUCCGACUCAUUGCCUCGCCCCCGUUCCCCCUUUCUCCGUUCUCCACUGGUGCCGACUUACUUACCUUCUCUCAUCGUUUCCCCGCGUCAACGGCAAGUGUCUGUCCCACAAUGUGGCUACUCUCCUGGCUCGAACCAGCUCGAAAGCCCGGGCGAGCUAAUGGUCAUUUCGCGUUUU